AUGAGCGCCGACGAAGGUGGAGACCCCAAAUCGAUGGCUCCGAUAAAUGGCGAAUCUCAUCCGGAGUCAACUGCGACCGCGACUCCGGGUAAGAGGAAGCGUUCGGCCCAGGACGAGAAUCCAGCUAUCGAGCCUGCUUCGUCCGGAUCGCGUGAGAGUCUCAAUCUCCACGAGACUCUGCGGACCCUUGUUGGUCUUCUUUUAAAGCAUGACACUGAACUCCAGCUCCUUUCGUGUCCCUUCCCCUCGUCGGGGACUAAGCCUCGGGCGAAGCGCGCCAAAACAUCGGGCGACCAAGACACAUCCAACAUGCAGACACGGGUCGAGGCGGGCCGUUACAACACCUUGCAGGAAUUUUUGGCCGACAUUGAACGAGCCUCUGCCGCAGUGAUUGAGCGCAACCAGAACCAGGCAAAUGGAGCAAGUGCCGAAGGCGCACCUGUAACGGAGGUAGUCAAUCGCAUUGCGGCUUUCAAGAAGCACAUGAACAGCCUUGUCGGUCAAUCCUUUGUCAAUCAGACCGAUGUCAAAGCUGAGACACUAGACGACGACGAUGAUGAUCAACUUCAGUCCACAGCUUCACACAUCGGCCCUCGCGAGGACAAACAGGCGUUGACUUUGUUUGGUGGGAGCCAAUCACACCCGAAACAGUUAUUCUCCAGUCUUCAAAAAUCUGUCAAGGUACCCCUGCAGUCUUCCGAGUCUGGCGCAGAGAAGUUUGUGGAGGUGCAAGAACCACUUCGUGAAGGUGGACUGCCUAAUGGCAUCACCACCACUCGCGUGGUUCCGUAUAAUCUCGAGUCCACUACCCCGAAGCCGAGAACGUUUGGCGAGGUUUUUGCUCCCCGUUCAGGCUUGGUUCCCGUGGAACCUCGGAAACGAGGUAAUCGAAGCGCAGUCUCAUGGCUCGACCCAUUUGAUCUCGUCCUUGAUCCUAAGAACUUCUCGGGCGAUCGUAGCAACACCAGCCUCGUGCCGGUACCCUCCGGGCAAUGGUUGCAAUACGGUGGAGUCACCUCAUCACCAUCUUAUUGGUCUCGUGUUGAAAAGCAUCAUGAAGAUGCAAACGUUGGGUCAAAGUAUGGGGACCCUGCUCUCUGGACCGGCGAUGACUCUUCUCUUCUACAAGGCGUUUACUCGUCAUUCGCCCCGUCUUUCGAUAGUUCUGGGGCUGUUAUGCAAGCCGAAUCAAAAGGCAUGGUAUGGUGGGGGCAACGAGGUGCCAGGCGUUUGCGUACCCUGCUCUCUCUCACAGAAGAUGUACCAGAUGAGGUGGAUCUUGAAGCGAUCGACAACAUUGACGAAAGCACGCUUAACGAGAUGGUUGACUCGCUCAAACCGAAAGAUUAUGCCGAAUAUCUUGCUUCAAUCGAGAAGGCACCUGAAGGACCCCCGGAAUCUAGAGAGAUUGACGAUGUUCUCACAGAGGUCUCUCACUUGCUAGAAACCCUGGCUUCAUACCAAAACAUUCGUAAAACGACAAUCCCCUCUGCCAGUGAGAAUGACGAAUCACCUGCACCAGACUUUGAAGACCCAGACACACCGUCCGAUGCUGAGAGGGCCGUUUACGAAAAGCUGAGGUCAAGGCUUGUUUCUAUAAUUGGCAGCUUGCCUCCAUAUGUCGUUGCGAAGGUGAAUGGUGAUCAAUUGGCAGAGUUGAACAUAAGCCAGAAGAUCAUCAUCGAAAGCCCCGACUGGAAGGGCACAAUGGAGAAAGAUGAUCACACGCUUCAUCUAGAGCGUGCUGCGGCCAUCGCUGCUCAGGCGAAUGCCGCUAAUCGUGCUUCAACGCCAUCUUCCACUCGGCCCAGCAGCUUCCAGGCCCCUCACUCCGCAUACAACCAGCGUUCUUUCAAUUCGAAUGCUCGUCUGUCUCAAUCGCAAGGUGCAUUCCAAGUACCCCCACAAGCCCGGCAACCCUCAUCGACGGGAUCAUUCACUCCCCCUUAUGCAGGAGGUAGAGCACCAAGCACUCCUUCCCAACGCCCAGGUUUUGGCUCUCAAUACAGCCAAGCCAACAAUGUACCACAGUUUCAGCGUCCUACCUCCAAUGGAUAUACUCCCCAGCCCUAUACUCCGCGACCUGGACCGACAGCCACAUCUAACGCCACUCCUCAGGGACGCAACCCUGUGACAGCUUCGGCUCAGCGGUACCAGUACGCGAAUCAAACUCCGACGCAGGCAUACCCGAAUAGCGCUGCCGCCGCAGCGUAUGCUCGCAGUGCCGCUGAACAAUCUACCGUGAAUAAGAGUCAGCCUCAACUUGAAGCUCGUCUUUCCCAGGAGGGAAGCUUGACACCAGGAAGCAAGCAGAAUGGCACUCCCAUCCAGUCAUAG